CGUCGUCGCGGUGACGCGUCUCGUGUUUCUUUCGAAGAAUGUCGUACGCUGGAUCCCUUGUGUCAUUUGUGUUUCACCUUCUGUUCUCCGGUUAGUGUCGUGUUCACCAGUGUACACCAACAAAUCGUGCGCCUGGAUCAACGUCGAUUAAGAUUUUGACGGAUCGAACACGCUUCCCCCUCUCACCUGUUUUUACAUACCUGUACUACUUGUCAUCCAGGAGAAACUUACCUCGGAACCAGUCGCCAAGAGGAUCAUCACCAGAGAGAUCGGUGAACCCCCCGUCGACGAAGGCGUCGCGCGACAAUUUCACGCCGUUUCCGUGAUAACGUUCUCCGAAAGCUUGCAAAGGAAACUGAAUAGAAGUGAAUCAUGUCGCGAUCCAGAUGUUCCAGCGUGUCCAGCAACGACUAUCCGGAACAUUUGAAUCCGUUCAACGAAGAGAUCACCAAUAUGCAGCCGCCCAUGUACCGAGACGGGAAAACGAAAGACACGAAACACAAGUUCUGGACUUUCGGGAGAAGCAGAAAGAAGAGGUCCAACAGUUUCUCCAUCAAAUCCACCUGGAACGGGCUGUUUGGGAAACGGAAGGAGGAGAAAGCGGAACCGCAGGAGAAAAGGUCUACAAUCACUACCGUCUCGUCAACCUAUAAAAGGGAGCCUUCCACGAAACCAAUGGCUCCUCCCCGACCUACAAGGGACCAACAAGAGUUCGACGAAGCUCUCAGCACGUUAACCAGAAGAAGAAAGUACACUUUGGACAAUUCGUCGAGAUACAGCUCGAGUUUAACCGUGAACGGUGAUCCUGCGAGGAUGUACGACGGUGUGCCACAGGACACGACCACGUCCAUCAUGGGUGAGCUCACCCCGAAACCACCGGCAAGAAGAUUUGGCCAAAUAAGCCCCAAGCCAACAGACAAGAUUCCGCCGUUGAACUUCGAGGACAAAUCCUCAAAGGAGAACGGAGAUGUAACUCUUCGCGAGAAAACACAGGAGAAAACGCCCAUUCCCCCUUUGCGAAGAUUUGGUAACAGAUCGUCGCAAAGAGCGAACGCGAUUACGCUAGAGUCGGAAGAGGAGGCGAGUCGAUCGGGAGACGCGGCGUUCUGUGACGAGAAUGAAAAUGUUCCCGAGGACUAUGUCUUCAAAAGGUUCACCCAAGACGCUGUUAGGAAGUCCAAUCUCUCGAUAAACAGCUGCAUCUCCGUUGGAAGUACGAUGAGUUCGUACGGUCGGAAAAAACGGAGAGCACCGCAGCCACCUCGUCGAGUGGAAAAAAUAGAGGUUAGCGAGAAGACCACCGAAGCACCUAACAUAGAACUUCAGAUAGUGGAACCGAUCGACAUAGUGAGAGUUACCGAGAACAUCGACCAGAUGACAAAGAAGAGUAAAGAUUUGGACAACGAAGUCGAUGAAACGAAAGGAAAAAAGUCUGCAGAGUCUACUACGGAUGCAAUUCCACCGACAGAAGAAACAACGGUAAGGGAUACUCCCGUGCAAACUGCGGGAAAUCACGCAGAAGAAACAGAAAAAUCGUGCCUCGAAGUGAAUCGUGGGGGUGAAAAUACCGUGAAGAUAGAACAGACUGAAUUAAGGGGCUCUACAAUGGAAGAUCAAGAGAAGCCGAACGUAACAGAAUCCAAGGAACCCACGAAGAAGACGGAAGAAGAUGUUCAAGUUGAGUAUCGCCGAAGUUCCCAAGAGAAUGUAGAGAUUAUCAAGGAAGUCAACGAAGUAUCGCCAUCGGAACUAGACGAAGUUUGCCUAAGACGAAAGAGCUCUUCCGGUUCGUUAUCUAGGAGCGACAGUUUCUCGGUGAAAGAUGAAAUCGAGAAGAUCGAGAGGCAAAUCAAGGCCCUCGAGGCGAGAGAUGCUUCCAGAGAAUCAACGGAGGACACGAACGACGAUCCGCAUGGGAAUACCAGACAGUCGAUUCAAGCGAAUCGUAGGCACUUCUUCCAGAAUAUGGUCGACAAUGACAAAGCAGACGCGGUUAAGAUAGAAUUUAAAGAAUUCCCUAGAGAACAAAAAGACAUUCACGUUGUGAGACUAAACGAUUCACCGGUUCCUGUGGUGGCCCCUAGGAAACCGGUGAAAGUGAUCGAACUUCACAUAUCCGAACCCAUUAAACAGGUGGCGGAGAUUGUUGACGACAUUAAUCCGAUACCAAAACCGAGGAGGCACAGCGCGUUGAGUUUGAACGAUACUCGAUCAAGUUCCGUGGCUCCAAUUGAGCAACGAAAGAGCCGCGAUGAGUCUAGAGGAAAGUCAUUCUAG